AUGAUGCACCGAAGUCGCCAGGCCAGCCGUGCCCUCCGCGCUGUCGCGAAACAGGCCCUCCUCCAUCCGUACCCUCACCACCUCUCCCGCCGUCUCUGCCGUCCAGGCCAUCAAGAAGACUCCCUCCGGCGUGAGGAAUCAAGCCACCUCCGCCACCAACCCGGCACCAGGAGAUGUCCGCCCCCCUCCCGCCUCUGCUUCAAGCAAGCGGACGAGCAUAGCCAGCCUCUUGUCGACCCUAAGGCGCCUGAGAUGGACGAGUCAUUCAUUGGCAAGACGGGUGGCGAGAUCUUCCACGAGAUGAUGCUGAGGCACAACGUCAAGCACGUCUGGUCAAGAGGCGUUGCCGAAGCUUGCUCCGCCCUAUCAAUGAGGCUUUUCGAGAUCGCGACCAGCGGGCCGUCCCCGGCCCCCGCUGCGACGAGAGCUGCCAUGAGCCUGAGCAGGAAGCAGCUCACCGCCUCGGUGAAGCGCGUCGCCGACCUCAUCAACAUUGCGAAGAAGCCCAUCAUCUACGCUGGCCAGGGUGUCAUUCUGUCCGAGAACGGCCCCGAAAUUCUCAAGGAGCUCGCUGACAAGGCCUCCAUCCCCGUCACCACGACCCUGCACGGUCUGGGUGGCUUCGACGAGCUGGACGAGAAGUCGUUGCACAUGCUUGGUAUGCACGGUACCGCCUAUGCCAACAUGGCCAUGCAGGAGGCCGACCUGAUCAUCGCCCUUGGCGCCCGUUUCGACGAUCGCGUCACCCUGAACGUCGGCAAGUUCGCCCCUGGCGCCAAGGCUGCCGCUGCCGAGGGCCGUGGUGGUAUUGUUCACUUUGAGAUCAUGCCCAAGAACAUCAACAAGGUCGUUCAAGCCGUUGAGGCUGUCGAGGGUGAUGUCGCCACCAAUGUCUCCAUGAUGCUGCCUCACGUUGAGAUCCGCUCCAUGGCCGACCGUAGUGCUUGGUUCGACAAGAUCAACGGCUGGAAGAAGCGCUGGCCCCUGUCCGACUACGAGCGCACCGAGCGUGGUGGUCUCAUCAAGCCCCAGACCCUGAUCGAGGAGCUCAGCAAGAUGACGGCUGAUCGCAAAGACAACACCUACAUCACCACCGGUGUCGGUCAGCACCAGAUGUGGACCGCUCAGCACUUCCGCUGGCGCCACCCCCGUUCCAUGAUCACUUCUGGUGGUCUUGGCACCAUGGGCUUCGGCCUGCCGGCCGCUAUUGGCGCCAAGGUCGCCCAGCCUGACGCCCUCGUCAUCGACAUUGAUGGUGAUGCCUCCUUCAACAUGACCCUGACCGAGCUGUCCACCGCUGCGCAGUUCAACAUUGGCGUCAAGGUCAUCGUUCUGAACAACGAGGAGCAGGGCAUGGUCACGCAAUGGCAGAACCUCUUCUAUGAGGACCGUUACGCCCACACCCACUCGGUCAACCCCGACUUCCAGAAGCUUUCGGACGCCAUGGGAGUUCAGAGCCGCCGCCUGGAGAAGCCGGAGGAGAUCCAGGAGGCCCUGCGCUGGCUCAUCGAGAGCGACGGACCCGCUCUCCUCGAGGUUGUCACGGACCGCAAGGGGCCGGUUCUGCCAAUGGUGCCUAGCGGCUCCGGCCUGCACGAGUUCCUGACCUGGGACAGUGAGAGGGACGUGCAGAGGCGCAAGAUGAUGCGCGAGAGGACUGGCGGCAGACACGGCUAA